AUGCCAUAUUCAGCUGUUCAACAAGAAGGUAGAAUAUUGCUUGCUAUUGAUGCUUUAAAUAAAAAUCAAAUUAGAAGCAUUCGGGAUGCUGCAAAUGCAUUUGAUGUCAAAUACUCUACCCUGAAGCACCGUGUGCGCGGUCGUGUUUCCAGAGUUGAUUCCACCCCAAAUGGCCGAAAACUCACAACCACAGAAGAAUCUACCCUUGUGAACUGGGUAUUAGCUGCUGAUGGACGUGGUCUACCUCCUAGAAUCAGCACUGUGUGUGAAAUGGCCAAUCUAUUACUAUCAAAUCGGUUGAAAUCAGCUCCUUCAAUUGGCACAAAAUGGGUGCAGCGCUUUAUCAACCGUCAUAAGGAGAUCAAGUCAAAAUACAGCCGCAGAUAUGAUUAUCAACGUGCUCUUUGUGAAGAUCCAAAGAUAAUAAUGGAUUGGUUUCAGCUGGUUCAGAAUACUAUUGCAAAAUAUGGCAUUGUUGAGCAGGAUAUCUAUAACUUUGAUGAGACUGGCUUCUCCAUGGGAAUGGCAUCAACUGCAAAGGUCAUUACUUCUCAGGUUCAAAGCCGUGCAAAAGCCAUACAACCAGGAAAUCGUGAAUGGGUGACUGUCAUUGAGGCCAUUGGUUCAACAGGCUAUCUUCUUCCUCCAUUGAUUAUCUUCGCUGGCAAGCAACACCAAUCUACUUGGUAUCAGCAUAUACCUGAUGACUGGGUCAUUGGAGUCAGUGAGAAUGGAUGGACAAAUGAUAAGCUUGGAGAGCUCUGGCUCAAAGAGGUCUUUGAAAAGCAUACCAAAAUGCGUACAAUCGGCACCCACCGGCUUCUGAUUCUUGACGGCCAUGGCAGCCAUGCGACUGCUGCUUUUGACCAUUUUUGCACAGAGAAUCAUAUUAUACCUCUUUAUCUACCUCCACAUUCAUCGCAUUUUCUUCAGCCGCUUGAUGUUGCUUGUUUUGGGCCAUUGAAACGUCUCUAUGGCCAGCGGGUUCAGACUGCUAUGCAGCUAGAGAUCAAUCAUAUUGAUAAGGUUGAUUUUUUGGCCGCUUACCAGCAGACACGCCCACAAGCAUUCUCAUUAUCAAAUAUAUGCAGUGGAUUUGCUGCUGCAGGUCUAGUCCCAUAUAAACCUGAGAAUGUACUUGAUGAACUCCAUAUCCAGAUGAAGACCUCUACACCACCGGGCAGUUCACAUAGCAAAGAGUCGUCUAGUUGGACAGCAGAGACUCCCAAGACUACCAGGCAACUUCAGAAGCAAUCUGAGCUUAUCAAGCGCCUCUGGAGGCAGCGUACACACAGCCCACCAAGUCCUAUCAGUCAGGCAGUUGAGCAAGUGGUCAAGGGUGCUCAAAGGGCAAUGCAGAAUGUGCUGCUUUUAGAGCAUGAGGUUAAGCAGCUACGUGCUGCUAAUAAAACCCAAAAGCGCAAACGGAAUACUACUAGGACCUUUAUAGCUGCUGGUGGUAUUCUGACUGGCGCUGAGGGUCAGCAACGCAGUCAGGAAGCUGCUGAUUUACUUGCCGGGGUGGUGGAUGAAGGUGGUGAGAGACCACGAAAGCGAGCACCACCACGCUGCAGCAACUGCCAUCAAAUAGGACAUAUUAGAUCUAGCUGCACUACUAGAUAA